UUGAUUCGCAGUGGAUCGCGGUUUCGGAAUAUACCAUAAUAUUAUACCUUAUAUAGUACAAGUUUUGCCAUCGAUAUGCGUCGAAUUCGUCGCCGGUUGUGUCUAUAGAAAGCUGUGACAAUAACGAAAUCAACCAUUAUGGAGCUAACAAUAUUCACCUUAAAUUGGUUCGAUGUGAUUUCGGUGGCGCUGACAUUUCUGGUGAUUUUCCUAGUCCAAGUGCUCAACGUUUACUUGCAUAUACUCGACGAUAAAUGCGAUAGUAAUGGCAAGUCGAUCGAUGUGGUCGACAAAGCCCCCGCGAAAGAAUGUCCGAUACUGGAGGGGCAUAUCCCCGGUUCACCCAUUUCCACCACUCCGCCACCAAAAUCCCCGACAUCGGCCAACGGAAAGUUGGAAAAGCAAAUAAGUCUGCUGGACAACGAUAGCGGCAUCUCAUUGGGUUCCAUCAACACCUGUUCAACAACUGCAGCCAACUCAUCCCCAACACACCGAACACACAACGGCUUCCACUCUUUCCCUUCGCACACUCUGAGUUUUGAGACCCUCGGCGAUGAGUACCACGAAGAUGAGGAUACAUUGUCGCUGGAGAAUUUGUUUCCCUGCGAUCAAACUGAAAUCUAUGCCUCCAAGAAGAUCAGUUUUAUCAUUGACGAGCUCAUCCAAACGGAGGUUAACUAUGUGAAUAACCUGAAGAAGGGUAUGGUGAACUAUGGAAAGCUGAAGGAUGUGGAAGACCUGCCAGAAGGACUAAGUGGCGAAUCGAAGCAGAAAUUGCUACUGGGAAAUAUCGAGGAGAUUCUGGAGCUUCAUGAACAGGAAAUACUGCCGCUCAUGCUGCGCAAUCAGCGGGAUCUCAAAGGUCUAUUCGACGAGUUCGCAGUACAUUUCGAGAAAAAUCACUUCUACUGCUAUGUGAGCUUCACUAUGGGCAAGAAAUCCUCUAUGCAACUGCGCCAGGAUAAUCGAAUGUGGUUGCAGGCAUAUCAAACCCAAAUAAAAGACAAGCUGGGCAUCGACAGCUUCCUAGUUCAGCCCAUCCAAAGACUGACCAGAUAUCCUUUGCUCCUGCAGCAAUUCAUAUCGGAAUUCUACAAAAGUGGCAUUAGUUGCAAACCUGUGCUAACUGCCGUUUGCAAAUUAGAGACGCGGAUGAGGCGUGCUCUGGAUGUGGUCAAUCAGGCCGAGGAGAUACCCAAUAUCGAGGAGCUCAACGAGUUGGACCUCCUGCAACUGGGUAACUUCCGCCGCUCGACGGAGUUCGAUGCCCAGCACUUUCCCACCCGGAAAAAGUACCGCUCCAAGGUCUUCCUGUUCGACCGCAGUUUGGUCUGCACGGAGGUGCGAAAGAAGCGGCUGGCUUACCGGCAGCACUACAACUGGGAGCACGUGGAACUCCAGAGGCCGCUGGACUCGGCCUCCUCCAAUGCCAACAAGAUCAUCAACCUGCUGGUGAAGCAGCAGGAGGGAGGAGCAGGAUCUGGCUCAUCUGGAUCAUCCAAGAAAGAGGAGUACUCCUUCGUGGCCACAGAGGCGGCGGUGGUGAAGCAGUGGCUUCAGGCCACCCACAAGAUCAUCGAGAUCGCGAGAAACGAACACGCGAGGAGAAAUACCUUCAGUUUGCCAAUGGAUUUGGUACUCGGAGUGGUCCUGGCCAUCUGGCUGAUAUGGCAGUACUUGUAGAUAAUCGUAGACCCCACCUCAGCACACAAACACAAAAACCAUAUGUCUCCAUCUAUUCCCCAUCCACUCACAACUCUAGAUCUUAGAUUUCUAAGAAUAAAGCUAAGUUAUUUCGUA